AUGCCGCCACCCUCCCUCCUGCUCUUCCACUGCCGCGCCCCGCUCCCGCACCGCCCGCUGCGGAUGAGCUCUCCGUCGCCGAGCAGGAGGGUCGUCUGCUCCGCCUCCACCGCCGAGGGGUACAUCUCCGCGGCGCCGAUCCUCCUUCCAGACGGGCCAUGGAAGCAGGUAGAAGGCGGCGUCACGGCGGCGAAGGGGUUUAAGGCCGCGGGCAUCUACGGCGGCCUGCGCGCCAAGGGACAGAAGCCUGACUUGGCGCUUGUUGCUUGCGACGUCGACGCCACCGUCGCCGGAUCUUUUACAACAAAUGUUGUUGCUGCUGCGCCUGUUCUGUAUUGCAAGCGUGUCCUUAGUUCAUCCAAAACAGCUCGUGCUGUGUUGAUUAAUGCUGGUCAAGCAAAUGCAGCCACUGGUGAUGCAGGAUAUCAGGACGCAGUGGAUAGUGCAGAAGCUGUUGCCAAGCUUUUGAAUGUGAGCACAGAUGACAUACUGAUCCAGUCCACUGGUGUCAUUGGUCAAAGAAUAAAAAAGGAAGCACUUAUAAAUUCACUUCCUAGACUUGUGGGCUCUCUGUCUUCAUCUACUGAAGGUUCAAAUUCUUCAGCUGUGGCCAUCACAACUACAGACCUUGUUAGCAAGAGUAUUGCUGUCCAGACUGAGAUUGGAGGAGUGCCUAUCAAGAUAGGAGGAAUGGCCAAAGGUUCCGGGAUGAUUCAUCCAAAUAUGGCGACAAUGCUUGGUGUUCUCACAACCGAUGCUCAAGUAAGAAGUGAUGUUUGGAGAGAAAUGGUCCGGACAUCAGUGAGUAGAAGUUUCAACCAAAUUACUGUGGAUGGUGAUACAAGUACGAAUGACUGUGUUAUUGCUAUGGCUAGUGGAUUAUCUGGUUUGUCGGACAUCCUCACUCAUGAUAGCGUUGAAGCUCAACAGCUCCAAGCAUGCCUAGAUGCAGUAAUGCAAGGCCUCGCAAAAUCCAUAGCAUGGGAUGGUGAGGGUGCAACCUGCUUAAUUGAGGUUACUGUAACUGGUGCAAAUAAUGAGGCAGACGCAGCGAAGAUUGCUCGUUCAGUGGCAGCGUCCUCCUUGGUUAAAGCUGCUGUAUUUGGCCGAGACCCGAACUGGGGGCGCAUUGCUUGCUCUGUCGGAUAUUCAGGGAUUCAUUUUGAUGCAGAUCAACUUGAUAUUUCCCUUGGAGUUAUUCCACUAAUGAAAAAUGGCCAACCACUCCCUUUUGACAGAUCUGCUGCUAGCAAGUAUCUCAAAGAUGCUGGUGACAUCCAUGGUACAGUGAACAUUGAUGUAUCAGUUGGGAAUGGAGGAGGCACUGGAAAGGCGUGGGGCUGUGACCUAAGUUAUAAGUAUGUCGAAAUAAAUGCUGAAUACACAACGUGA